AUGACCAAGUUUGGCCUAGACCCGAGGGUACUUGGCCAGGUAGAGGAACGUGUGGCCCCAGACCUAAGUUACCUGGCCAGAGGUAGGCAACGAAAACACGUGAACACUAAACCUGCAUCACCAAAAGUGAUCUAUAUUUCCUCUGCAGGUCCCCAGUCUCCCCGGGUGUCAGGCGAUAAUUUCAACCAGACGAUUGGCAGCAGCGACAUGUUCACCCACUGGCAAAGGAACCAGGCUGCCGAACGUACGCACCACACGUGUCCCCCAGCACCACACGUGUCCCAGCACCACACCUCCACACCAGCGUGUCCCCACACCACACGUGUCCCCCCAGCACCACACGUGUCCCCCAGCACCACACGUCCCCAGACCACGUGUCCCCCACACACCACACGUGUCCCCAGCACCACACGUGUCCUCCAGCACCACACGUGUCCCCAGCAUCACACGCGUCCCCAGCACCACACGUGUCCCCCAGCACCACACGUGUCCCCAGCACCACACGCCCCAGCACCACACGGGUCCCCAGCCCCACAGCACCAGUGUCCCCCAGCACCACACGUGUCCCCAACACCACACGUGUCAGCACCACACACUGUGCCCCCCAGCACCACACGUGUCCCCAGCACCAGCACCACACGUGUCCCCAGCACCACAUGUGUCCCUGUCACCACACGAUGUCCCCAAAUAUCACCACACGUAUCUCCCAGCACCACACGUGUCCCCAGCACCACACUGUCAUGCAGCACCACGUCCCCAGCACCACACGUGUCCCCCAGCACCCACACGUGUCCCCCACACGCCCCACACUUGUCUCCCCAGCACCACACGUCCCCUAGCACCACACUUGUUUCCCAGCACCACACGUGUUCCCCAGCACCACACGUGUCCCCAGCACCACACGUGUCCCGCAGCACCACACGUGUCCCCCAGCACCACACGUGUCCCCAGCACCACACGUCCCCCAGCACCACACUUGUCUCCCACCAUCACACUUGUCUCCAGCACCACACGUGUUCCCCAGCACCACACGUGUCCCCAGCACCACAUCUCCCCCCAUCACACUUGUUCCCCAGCACCACACGUGUCCCCCAGCACCACACGUGUUCCCCAGCACCACACGUGUCCCCCAGCACCACACGUGUUCCCCAGCACCACACGUGUCCCCCAGCACCACACUUGUCUCCCAGCACCACAUGUGUCUCCCAGCACCACAUGUGUGCCUCCGCACCACACGUGUUUGUUGCCCCCUCAAAAAGAUUGGUUAUUCGCCGGUAA